AUGUGCACAAUGCAGCCGAUUCUGAAUAGUUAUUUGAAUGAACUAGAUGAAGAUAUCUUCCAUCAUUUCGGAUUCACAACAAAGUCAUUUGAUUUCAAACAAAAGUUUGGUGAUGUCAAGUUCGUCUGUGUAUGUGGUAGCAGUAAUAGAAUUCAUAAUUUUGCUAUAUCAAUGGCUAAGUUAGCUGGUAUACAGUUACCUGUAGAAAAUAUUGCCGGUUCUCAUGCUAGAUUUGUACUUUACAAAGUAGAUCAUAUAUUAUUUGCAGAUCAUGGAAUUGGUAUACCAUCAACAUUAAUUCUAAUGCAUGAAAUGACAAAAUUAUUACAUUAUGCUGGUUGUAAAGAUGUGUUAUUUAUACGUCUAGGAACAUGUGGUGGUUUAGGAGUGAAGCCCGGUACACUUGUGAUGUCCGAUCGUUGCGUAAAUACCAAAUUAGAGCCAUAUAACGAAUUGUGUAUUCUUGGUAAACCUGUCCGUCGACAAACUAAAGUGGACUUAAACGCUGUAAAUGAAUUAAAAAAGCUUUCUGAGAAUCUUUCAUUACAAUGUUCAGUUGUUGUUGGGGGUACAAUCACUGCAAAUGACUUUUAUGAAGAGCAAGGAAGAUUGGAUGGAGCGAUUUGUUCUUUUAGCCAAGAAGAGAAAUUGGCUUAUCUUAAGUCGGCUUAUGAUCAUGGCAUAAGAAAUUUGGAAAUGGAGGGUACUGCAAUUACAUCUCAUUGCAAUUCAACUGGUCAUCGAGCUAUUCUAGUUUGUGUAGCAGUUGUAAAUCGUCUUGAAAAUGAUCAAGUUACAAUAUCUGCGGAUGAUUUUAAAUUAUUUGAACAGUUACCUGGUAAAUUGGUUGGAGAAUAUUUGAAAAGAAACAGUGGGCUAAUUGCUCGUUAA